UGAAGUUUCACUGUCUCACUGAGGAGUGAGGGAAGAGAGGGAGAGCUGCAGUUGUUGGUCCAGGUGCUGAGCAGCGUGUUCACACGUCAGAACCAUGAAGCUUUUUUUAUGUGUGGUGCUACCAUGGCUGCUCUGUGGAGAGCUUCAAGCUACCACACAAACUUCCUCGCAAGGACUUCAGACUGGAUUAAAGAAUCUUGAAGGCAGUAAAUCCGAUCCCCGCUCCCAGGCGCAGCGCUUCAGCCCGGAUCCCCGCUCUCAGGCGCAGGCGCAGCGCUUCAGCCCGGAACCCCGCUCUCAGGCCCAGGCGCAGCGCUUCAGCCCGGAACCCCGCUCUCAGGCCCAGGCUCAGCGCUUCAGCCCGGAACCGCAGCGCUUCAGCCCGGAACCCCGCUCUCAGGCCCAGGCGCAGCGCUUCAGCCCAGAACCGCAGCGCUUCAGCCCGGAACCCCGCUCUCAGGCCCAGGCACAGCGCUUCAGCCCGGAACCCCGCUCUCAGGCCCAGGCGCAGCGCUUCAGCCCGGAACCCCGCUCUCAGGCCCAGGCGCAGCGCUUCAGCCCGGAACCCCGCUCUCAGGCCCAGGCGCAGCGCUUCAGCCCGGAACCCCGCUCUCAGGCCCAGGCGCAGCGCUUCAGCCCGGAACCCCGCUCUCAGGCCCAGGCGCAGCGCUUCAGCCCGGAACCCCGCUCUCAGGCCCAGGCGCAGCGCUUCAGCCCGGAACCCCGCUCUCAGGCCCAGGCGCAGCGCUUCAGCCCGGAACCCCGCUCUCAGGCCCAGGCGCAGCGCUUCAGCCCGGAACCCCGCUCUCAGGCCCAGGCGCAGCGCUUCAGCCCCGAUCCCCGCUCUCAGGCCCAGGCGCAGCGCUUCAGCCCCGAUCCCCGCUCUCAGGCCCAGGCGCAGCGCUUCAGCCCCGAUCCCCGCUCCCAGGUGCAGCGCUUCAGCCCGGAACCGCAGCGCUUCAGCCCGGAACCCCGCUCUCAGGCCCAGGCGCAGCGCUUCAGCCCGGAACCCCGCUCUCAGGCCCAGGCGCAGCGCUUCAGCCCGGAACCGCAGCGCUUCAGCCCGGAUCCCCGCUCUCAGGCCCAGGCGCAGCGCUUCAGCCCGGAUCCCCGCUCUCAGGCCCAGGCGCAGCGCUUCAGCCCGGAUCCCCGCUCUCAGGCCCAGGCGCAGCGCUUCAGCCCGGAACCCCGCUCUCAGGCCCAGGCGCAGCGCUUCAGCCCGGAACCGCAGCGCUUCAGCCCGGAUCCCCGCUCUCAGGCGCAGCGCUUCAGCCCGGAUCCCCGCUCUCAGGCGCAGCGCUUCAGCCCGGAUCCCCGCUCUCAGGCGCAGCGCUUCAGCCCGGAUCCCCGCUCUCAGGCGCAGCGCUUCAGCCCGGAUCCCCGCUCUCAGGCGCAGCGCUUCAGCCCGGAACCGCAGCGCUUCAGCCCGGAUCCCCGCUCUCAGGCGCAGCGCUUCAGCCCGGAUCCCCGCUCUCAGGCGCAGCGCUUCAGCCCGGAUCCCCGCUCUCAGGCGCAGCGCUUCAGCCCGGAACCGCAGCGCUUCAGCCCGGAUCCCCGCUCUCAGGCGCAGCGCUUCAGCCCGGAACCGCAGCGCUUCAGCCCGGAACCCCGCUCUCAGGCCCAGGCCCAGGCGCAGCGCUUCAGCCCGAAACCCCAUCGCUUCAGCCCGGAACCCCGCUCUCAGGCCCAGGGACAAUCUUUGCAUCAUCAGCAAAAAGUUUUGCUCCAACCUCUUCUACCCAGUCAGGCUGAUCUUGAGUCUCUGGCUCCUCAGCCCAGGUCACGGUCUCCUGAACCAUGGAUCCUGGAUUAUUCCCAGUCUGAGGAACAUGUAAGAACUUCCUGAAAAGAUGGACAUUCACAAAGACCCAGCAUCAGAAGGUCCAUGCUGACUGGCUUGCUAUGGUGGAACUGACUCUAAAAUAAACUUUUGGAAAACAUGUUUCCUUCUCUUCUGUUUAGAGUUGAGUUGCGACCGCUUUUAUUUGACCUCUUGAAUGCAUCCAUGACUUUGUUGGCCUGUCGAUCUUAUUGAUAUAAACAGAUAUUUAGAGUAGGACUUAUUUCUCCAGUGAGAAAAGCAAGAGAACAUGCUGAAGGUCGGACAUGCUUCAGCAUUAAAUGUGAUGCAUUUGUCCACCAGAAGAUGGCGGUAGAUGAAAGGAUUAA